GUUUCCAGUAGCUCUGUUUAUGUUUGAUUCAAAGACUCUUCUAGCUUCACAUUUAAUCUUUAGUCAUCUCUAUACACAAAGUUAAACCUUUUAGUCUUUCUACUAGCAAUGACACGGCUACAUAUGUGCUGCUGCAACGAGUAUGAAUGGAGGAAAGCCGAAGUGUAUUUCAACGCAUUACCUCGUGGCAUUACUUCGGAUAGUGGUACAUUGGAAAUUGGAUAUUGGUCGUUGACAUAUCGAUUUGUUUACAUCUAAGUGAGUGACCUCUUGGCAUAUUGUGAAACAAUCGAUAUUGGUCGUUGACAUAUCAAUUUGUUCACAUCUGGGUGCUAAAUUUGCAUAUUUUGGCACCUAACGAUACUCGUUUCUGCGCUUCGCGUAUCCAGGACCAAAAAUGAAUACGACAACUACGAAAUUUUCGCUUAAGAAACAUGCUUCAACGUGAUCAUGCAAUAUACACACCGAUCUACGGGUAUAAUACGAACUCACAACGUGACCAGCUCUCUAGAGUAUUUAUUGGCCUGCCGCUGUUAAUACGAGGAGGUACCGGGACUCUGUUCUUUUGAUUUUUAUUUCUCGGACUAUCGUCUUGCACAAUAUUCGUCUAACUUUCACCUCUUUUACCUCUACUACUUAACUGACAAAUGCACUAGCACUUAAAUACCAGAUCGGUAGCUAUGUGUUGGCCAUUUUAGAAUAAAUACUAACCCGAAGACCUUCACGCGCCUUUCAGUAGCGAACUAAAAAGUUCUUAAAAAAACAAUGGAAGUAAAAGUUUGGAGAACAAGAAACCUAAACAGGAUCUUUGUGGGAGAUUCAGACCAAGGCCAGCACACAAACCCAAACAUGACCAUCGAUGGGGUAUCAUCAAGUCUAUCCGCGCCAGUAGGCGCCGCGUAAGGCCAGUGAGGUAUUGUUCGAAGCUGAAGUGCUCUCGACAAACUAAGAUAAAAACCUUGAGGUCACUAAACUCUCUGUGUGGCCCUAGAAUAACAAGACUAACGUGGGAACUACAAAAUGAUAAACAAUUCAUGAUCACGAACCAAAAAUACUCAAUUCUAAACAAAUUACCGAGCUUCAUAACAUAUUGAUGCGGUAUCUAUUUAUUUCAGGUGGGGACAAAAGAAGGGCUCGACGAGAUAUUCAACCUGAAUAUCGUGCUGCAGAAAACUGGAAUGAUACCGGUAUCUCACCUACGUCUUCGCAGUGGCACUCAUCUACAACUAUUUCGCCAACUCUGAAUAACGAUGAUGUAAACAUCACAAUGCUUUGCGAAAGUUACUGGUUUUCCUGCAGAGGGCGAUGCACGCAAGAUAGAGAACUGGGAGGAACAGAAGAAAGGCUUCAGUGUUUCUGUGACAACAGCUGUGAGAUGUUUCAAGACUGUUGUGCGGACUUUGACCAAUUCUGCUCCUCAACUGGGACGUUAACAGAAGAAGCAGAGACUCCGGACUAUGAGCAUUGGAAAUGUAUCGAAAGUCAUUUAUUGACUGAAGCCCGUGGUGUGUGGAUGAUUGCCUCGUGUCCUACAAACUGGACCCAAGAGGACAUUGACGAACGCUGUUGGAGUAGCUUUGCAAGUCUUUCUUACGAUAAUCAUAAAGACAACUUGCCUGUCAUGGACCACACAGGAAAUACGUAUAAAAACCGAUACUGUGCACAAUGCCAUGGUUUAAAUCUAGAUGACCUCACGUUUUACAAUUUGCUGUUUAAUUGUCACGUUCCAGCACCAAGCGAUUAUCAAAGCAAUGACAUACUGCAGUUCUUAUUUGCGUUCUGUGGCAAAGCUUAUUGGAAGACUCCAGAAGGCACAGUUCGAAGAUAUUGUUACGGACUCACAGAUGGGUGCCCGGAUUGCUUUCCUCCGACUAGAAUGCAGGAAAAAUGUCGUGCUGGAUCUUUAAGGUUAGUUUAUGUAAACGAUACAGGAACGCAACAGAAUUUUAUCAAUCCAUAUUGUGCUCUCAUCAACAACGCAAAAAACAUUGGGUGUGGACCAGGAAGUUCAAAACCGCAGUCUGAACCGCCGGAAGUUCUAAGCCCGAAGCCCUUUUCUCUUGUUAUGAAUAUUGACUUUUCUGAUGAACAAACCGGGAAAGAGACGUCCAGUGUUCGUAUACACAAAGUUUCUUGCCUUGAAGGCAAUGUUUAUGACUUUCAUCUUCAAGUGUGUCGCCCCGGCAUUUCACCAACCGAGUUCAAUUCCGUCCAUCAAGAACUCCUCAGCGUCAGUCUUUGGAUGCGAUCCAAAAUCUCAUCUUCCUCCACUCCACUAGUAACUGAAAUCAACUCCAAAGAAGCCAUUGUGGAUAAGUUGAACAUAAGCGAAACAUUUCUCUCUGUAGUCUCUAUUGGAAACCCUUUUGGUCCUGUCUCUACAGUGGUGUUGAACAUAGAGAUUAACCCCACCACGAAGAAGAACCUGUCUAUGAAAACUGUCCGAACUGCUUUAAGCCAUCUUUCCGUUCAGCUAAAUAACGCGAGUUUCACUGUCUUUAAAAUCGCCGUCAAACGUUUUGAUUGUGCUUCAAUUGCGAGUUACAAGCCAUAUGAAUACACGGUCGAAAACAGGGUGGUGAAAAUCAGAGACACAGGAGAGAUCAUUCUAGAGGAAAACUAUUACACAAACGAAACAGAAUGGAUAAACGGGUCUCUAGUUCCCGUCGGUACCCUUACAGUUUGUAAAAAAGAGCGGGUAAACUGUUCUGGAGUUUUAGUUCGGUUAAACGAAAGCGAAUACGUUAUCUUAAUAAACGGUUCAUUGUAUCGAAACAUUUCACGUGAGCUCUUUGAACCAGAAAGGUUUCUUUCCAUCAAUAAUACUACCUGGGUUUGUGCACACUUUUCUUCCUCUUACGAAGCUGCUCGUAAUACAACGGAGACGAAGAAAAACAUUGUACUGGUUUUGCUAACCUUUAUUGGACUCUCAGUGUCCAUUGUUAGCUUUGUUGCAGUCUUAGUGACCUAUGCAUUGUUCAAGGAACUGCGAACUUUACCCGGAACUAAUCUGAUGAAUCUUUCUUUGGCUCAUUUACUGGCUGAUUUGUUCUACCUUGCAACUGGGUACGUUGAUGCCGGCGUAGCAUGUACAAUUAUCGCCAUCUUGCUCCACUACUUUUUCCUAGUUUCUCUCACGUGGAUGUCAGUCAUGGCCUUCGAAACUUGGGUGGUAUUUUCCAAAAUCCUUAUCCAAAAGAGAAACCAAAAUAAGAGGGAGAAAUGUCUUAAUUUAUUGGGAAGGACGACAUUGGGUUGGCUUCCCGCCUUUGUUUUUGUUGUCAUGUGUGUUGCUCUUGACCAGUCCAACGCGGUUGCUUUUCACUAUGGUGGUAUCAAGGGGUGUUGGAUAAACAACUCAACUGCCAAUAUGUUUUUCUUUGUUGUACCAGUUGCUCUUUCUAUAUCAUUUAACACAAUAUUCUUUGCGUUGACUGUACGAGCUAUCAGGAAUACAACCAAGCAGACACAGAGAGCAAUUCACCAAACCCUACACCGCAAAAACGCCGUCGUAUUUUUAAAGAUCUUCAUUUUGACGGGCUUUACUUGGACUUUCGGGAUUUUAAAGAUUGCGGUGUCGGAAUACUUUGAAUACCCAUUUAUCAUCUUCACCACUCUCCAGGGACUGUACGUACUGCUCGCAUUUGUGUUUACAACAAGAGUCAAGCGAAUGUAUUGCGCGCUGUUGUGCAUCGACAACAAGCUAUCUGAGGGACAAGAAAGUACGCUGCGAACUAAAAGAGAGCUUGUUCCCCCUGUUGUUCUCCUUAAACAUGUUGGAAAAAAAGAAGCAUGAAGAAAGGAAUGUCUAUGGCAGUCUUUUCGGUCUACAGGAGACUGGGACCAUAAUCUGAAACCAUGCCACAUAGUGAACCACAUGAUGAGUACCAUAAUCAUGAAUUGUAUUAUUAAUCCGUUAUAAAUCGCUACUAAUUAAACUGUCUUGAAAAUUGAUAAGCCUCUGGGAGCUUAAAUUGAUAG